CUGAUAAAAUAAGGUCACCGAUUUGUAAGAAUGGUUACCAGAGGCUUAGACCAUUGGUCAGACAUUCUGGUUGUGGUCAUUUAUUUUGUGGUUGUGCUUGCAGUGGGAUUAUGGGCUUUCUGGAGACAUACACGAGGCACCGUCAACAGCUACUUUUUAGCAGGACGACAAAUGACCUGGUUUCCUAUCGGAGCAUCGAUCUACUCCAGUAAUAUUGGGACUGAACAUUUCAUUGGACUGGCUGGUUCCGGGGCGGCUGCUGGAAUAGCCAUGAUAUCUUACGAAUGGACGGGUCUUCCACUGAUAGCCCUUGCUGCUUGGUUCUUUCUUCCGGUGUAUAUUUCAGCAAAGGUGUAUACUUUACCUGAAUACCUGGGAAAAAGAUUUGGGGGCCAGCGAAUCCGUAUCUACAUGAGUGUGCUUUCUCUUCUGCUCUAUAUCGUCACAAAACUGGCGGUCAGCAUCUUUUCGGGGGCGUUAUUUAUACAGCUGGCCCUGGGGUGGAAUAAUUACGCCUCCAUCGCCUCUCUUCUCGUCAUUACCGGACUGUACACAGUUUUAGGUGGUCUUACAGCUGUUAUUUACACGGAUGCCUUGCAAACUAUAAUUCUAACCGUGGGAUCCUUUAUUGUAGUUGGAAUAAGCUUUAACAAAAUUGGUGGAUAUGGUCAGUUUCAGAAGAAAUAUAUGGAAGCCUAUCCCUCGAUACGUAAUGAGAACACUACAUGCGGAAUGCCUCGGGAUGAUGCGUUUCACAUUUUUCGUGACCCUGUGAACUCUGAUAACCCUUGGCCUGGUUUGCUCCUUCAAUCGAGUAUUGGUUGUUUGUGGUAUUGGUGUUGUGAUCAGGUUAUCGUACAGCGUUCUCUGGCAGCCAGGAAUCUCUCCCAUGCCAAGGGUGGGGCCCUGCUGGCAGGAUACCUGAAGAUGCUUCCUCUUGUUAUGAUGAUCUUCCCCGGGAUGAUAAGUAGAGCCCUCUACCCAGACGAAGUGGGAUGUGCGGAUCCAGAGGAGUGUACAAAGUACUGUGAUAACCCUGUUGGCUGUUCCAAUAUAGCUUACCCAAAACUUGUCCUUGAGCUUUUGCCAUAUGGUGUCCGUGGAUUAUUAAUGGCGGUAAUGCUCUCUGCUAAUAUGAGCUCACUGACGUCCAUCUUUAAUAGCUCAAGCACCAUCUUUACAAUGGACCUUUGGAGGCGCAUGCGCCCAACAGCAAGACAAAGGGAACUUUUGAUUGUGGGGAGAAUCUUCAUCGUUGCUCUGUGUGUAGUGAGCAUUCUAUGGAUACCAUUAGUGAGGUCUUCACAAGGAGGACAACUCUUUGCUUAUAUCAAUGCUGUACAAAGCUAUCUCGGAACACCCAUUGGAGCACUCUUUUUAUUGGCCGUUGCUUGGAAACGUAUGACUGAACAGGGGGCCUUCUGGGGGAUAGCUAUUGGUCACAUGUGUGGGAUAAUCAGACUAGGUCUGGAUAUGGCUUACCCGGCGCCUGGUUGUGGUGAAGAGGACACGCGACCUUCAGUUCUUGCCAAUCUUCAUUACACAUACUUUGGCGCUCUAAUGAUUCUUAUCACUUCUCUGGCCAUUGUCAUUAUUAGUCUCCUUACUGAGGCGCAGACGGAGGAACAAAUAAAAGACCUGACAUGGAAAACUCGGAUAACAACAGAGAGAAAUAAGGAAGACAGCGGUGACGAAAUGUUCACAGUAAACACGAUAAUGUCUGUAGAAAAACCAAACGCAUCAAAUGAAAGUCUCCCCGCCGCUUCCGAGUCCUCUGCAGACUCUCGUCCUCUCUGGAGGCGCUGGGUAACGGAAAUCUGUGGGCAAUCAUCCAAGAAAGACCCCCAUGAAGACCUGGUAUUUGAUGACAAGCAAACAAAUGCAUUCCUUUUUGAAGAUCCAAAAUGGCGGUCUACUCAUAAUAUUACAUUUGUCAUAGGAAUGGUGGUCACAGGCUUCCUGUACGGCAUUUUCAAUUGAACUUUAACCUCUAGAGUAUAUUGCAGAUAAAUAUACAAGAAUUUA